AAUUGAGUCAUGAGGGGUGGAGAAGAGCAAAGGAGGCAGAGGAUAAAUAGAAGCUUUGCCUCCUUGGAUCUUCUCUGCAUCCUCCCCGCUUGCCCAACAAUAUGCAUCUUGCCAGUUUGCUCAGCUCCUGCUCCCUCCUGCUGCUACUGGGGGCUCUGCCUGGAUGGGCGGCCAACAAUGAUCCCAUUGAGAAGGUCAUUGAAGGGAUCAACCGAGGGCUGAGCAGUGCAGAGAGAGAAGUGGGCAAGGCCUUGGAAGGCAUCAACAAUGGAAUCACUCAAGCUGGAAGGGAAGUGGAGAAAGUUUUUAAUGGACUCAGCAGCAUGGGGAACCAGGCCGGCAAGGAGCUGGAGAAGGGUGUCCAGGGGCUCAACCGUGGCUUGGACAAGGUAGCCCAUGGAAUCAACAAUGGCGUCGGACAUACAGGAAAGGAAGCAGAGAAGCUUGCCCAUGGGGUCAACCACGCUGCCGGACAGGUCGGGAAGGAGGCAGACAGAAUGAUUCAGGGGGUCCAUCAUGGGGUCAGCCAGGCGGGAAGUGAUGUAGGGAGGUUUGGCCAGGGGGCCCACCAUGCCACUGGGCAGGCUGGGAAAGAGGCAGAGAAGUUUGGUCAGGGGGCCCACCAUGCCACUGGGCAGUUUGGGAACGAGGCAGAGAAGUUUGGUCAGGGGGCCCACCAUGCUGCUGGACAGUUUGGGAACGAGGCAGAGAAGUUUGGGCAGGGGGUCCACCAUGCUGCUGGGCAGUUUGGGAAUGAGGCAGAGAAGUUUGGGCAGGGGGUCCACCAUGCUGCUGGGCAGGCUGGUAAAGAGGGAGAAAAAAUAGUCCAGGGGGUUCAUCAUGGAGUGAAUCAGGCUGGGAAGGAGGCAGAGAAGUUUGGGCAGGGGGUCCACCAUGGUGCUGGGCAGCUUGGGCAUGAGGCAGAGAAGUUUGGUCAAGGAGUCCACCAUGCCGCCGGGCAGGCUGGGAAAGAGGGAGAAAAAAUAGUCCAGGGGGUCCAUCAUGGAGUGAAUCAGGCUGGGAAGGAGGCAGAGAAGUUUGGCAAGGAUGUUCAUUAUGCUGCCGGGCAGGCUGGGAAAGAGGGAGAAAAAAUAGUCCAGGGGGUCCAACAUGGAGUGAAUCAGGCUGGGAAGGAGGCAGAGAAGUUUGGGCAGGGGGUCCACCAUGGUGCUGGGCAGUUUGGGAAUGAGGCAGAGAAGUUUGGUCAAGGAGUCCACCAUGCUGCCGGGCAGGCUGGAAAAGAGGGAGAAAAAAUAGUCCAGGGGGUCCAACAUGGAGUGAAUCAGGCUGGGAAGGAGGCAGAGAAGUUUGGCAAGGAUGUUCAUUAUGCUGCCAGGCAGGCUGGGAAAGAGGGAGAAAAAAUAGUCCAGGGGGUCCAACAUGGAGUGAAUCAGGCUGGGAAGGAGGCAGAGAAGUUUGGGCAGGGAGUCCACCAUGCUACUGAACAGGCCGGAAAGGAGGCGGGUAAAGUGGCUCAAGGGGUCCAUGAUGGGGUCAACCAGGCCGGCAAGGAGGCAGAGAAAUUGGGCCAUGGGGUCAACCACGCUGCUGGCCAGGCUGGAAAGGAAGCGGAGAAACUUGGCCAAGGUGUCCACCAUGCUGCAGGCCAGGCCGGGAAGCAGGAGGACAGGUUGCAGCAGACUGUUCAUAAUGGGGUCAACCAAGCCGGCAAGGAAGCCAACCAGCUGCUGAAUGAUGGUCAUCCAGGCGGAUCCACCACCCAGCACGGAGGGGCCGUAACCACAACCUUAACAUCUGGAGCUUCGGUCAACAAGCCCUUCAUGGCCUUGUCAGUCCUGUGGAAGAGCGUCACCAGCAUCAUUCCCUAAGCUGAUGAACUGGCCUGGUUGAAGACACUGACAUUCCUAUUGUCAUAUCCGCUGAAAUGACCUGAAGGAGCUGGGGCACACAGGGCGGGGUUGGGGGGGCGUGGGGAAGGGAAGGGGGAGGAUGGAUUUCUAUAGUCCCUUAGGGGGCAAUACUGAGACUUGUGAAUAAAUACAACACACUACACAACAUCAUGGUCCAUUGUGCUCCCUAAGUGGGGGAUCCAUGGGAGGAGGCUUGUCUUUCCUCCUCUUGCUGCUUUGCUGGAGGAGCCGGGAGUCUGAUGCACAGGAUGGGUGGAGCUGGAGAUUUUGGGCUGAUCUGAUGGAAGAGGGUGGUAACAGGGACAGGUUAUACUUCACUGGUGCAAAGUUUGUGCUUGGCACUGACAGGAAAUCCAUGCAGGGAAAGCCCCUCUGGGCAAGUAGUGGGGGGAGGAGCACCUGGGGGAAAAUGGCAGGAACCUUGGUGGAGCCCAGAAAGUUAGCAUCCUCCUUCAGGGGUGUGGACCCAAAGGAAUACCAAUAGCAACCCGUGUGUAUCGUGUAAUUAAGGCAUGCUAGGCACCCCGGGCAUUACAUGCAUGACCUCGCCGAAUCCCCUCAAUCGACCAGUUAGGUAAGAGGUACUGCUAUUGACCCAUUUUAUAAAAAAUCACAUGGAGGUUCAGGCAAGUUAAGAAACACAACCAAAGUCACACAAGUGGAGAGAGAAACAGCCACAAAGGAUAUUCUGAAAACCCAGAGGUCUUUUGCUGUUUAUUUUUUUUUAACAUUAAAAAAAAUAUUUUUGGUU